AUGGUGAAAGAUCAAGAGAGACUGAAAGCAGAGGACUACAAAGCAGAAAUAGGAUACUAUGGUCUUUGUGCAGUUAGUGGAAUCUUAAGUGCUGGAACUACCCAUCUUGCCAUUACUCCUCUUGAUGUCUUAAAAGUCAACAUGCAGGUGAACCACAUCAAGUACAGUAGUAUAUACUCAUGUUUUACUACUUUAUUGAGAGAGCAAGGACCUUCUGCAUUUUGGAGAGGGUGGGCAGGGAAGUUCUUUGGUUAUGGUGCUCAAGGUGGUUGUAGAUUUGGUUUAUAUGAAUAUUUCAAGACCUUGUACUCCAAUGUGCUGGUGGAUAGCAACAGGAGUUUUAUUUUCUUUAUGAGUAGUGCCUCCGUUGAAGUUUUUGCCAAUUUGGCUCUGUGCCCUUUCGAAGCUGUUAAAGUUAGAGUUCAAGCACAGCCCCAUUUUGCUAAAGGAUUGGCUGAUGGGUUUCCAAAGGUUUAUAGAUCAGAAGGGAUUCGUGGUUUUUACAGAGGGCUUGUUCCGCUUUGGGGUCGAAACCUUCCAUUUUCUAUAGUUAUGUUCUCAACAUUUGAGCAUUCCGUGGAUUUUCUUUACCAUAAUGUUAUUAAAAGAAGGAAAGAGGAUUGCUUGAAAGCUCAACAGCUUGGGGUGACAUGUUUAGCUGGAUAUGCUGCUGGUUCUGUUGGUAGCUUUAUUUCCAAUCCAGCAGAUAACAUUGUUGCUUCUCUUUAUAACAAAAGGGCUGAUAGCCUCAUUCUGGCUGUAAGGAAAAUUGGGUUUUCCAACUUAUUUACAAGAAGCCUUCCUAUAAGGAUAAUGCUUGUUGGGCCUGUUGUGACUCUGCAAUGGCUGUUCUAUGAUACCAUAAAAGUUUUAAGUGGACUGUAA